AUGGAAUAUAGUCCAUCACUAGUAAAAGGAAUGGGGCGAUUUCUUAUAACCUUGUCCAUAGAAAAUAUUUUGAUGCAACUUGUUCUUCCCACUUGCAUUGUCUGCCAUAAUCCAGCCAGAUAAGAUCACCUUCUCCUCUCCUCAUUUCAUUGCAAGUUUCUUCUAAUCACACCAACUCUCAUUCAUUUCUCUCUUGAAUCUAAAUUUUUUUGAAAAAGAGAAAAAAUUUGUGAUAGAGAAAAAUCUUUUUCUAGGGAGUACUAAACAAUAAAAUAUGUCCCCUACAAUGGAGCUUCAAACAUACACGCCGACAACUAAAACCACAACUACAACCAGCACUACAGCUAAAAUCGUGACCGAUAAUGAAAAUAGUACAGUAUCGAUUACGAUUUUGGCUGCAGAGAUGAAACCCUCGUUAGCUCAAGAGCUAGCGAGGGUGAUAUCUUUGUAUUGUCCAUCACCUGAAAAGGAGAUGGACACGGUCGCUAAGUAUCACAACCAUAAAGUUGGACCUAACCAAUGUUGCUCGGUCGUGGUGCAGCGGAUCGCUGCACCCGUCGAGACGGUAUGGAGUAUGGUAAGACAGUUUGACAAACCACAAACAUACAAGCAUUUUUUGCGGAGUUGCCGCAUGAUAGCUGGGACGGGCAGCCAAGUCGGGUGUGUAAGGGAAGUUCACGUUGUGUCCGGCAUCCCGGCCAAUAGCAGUACGGAACGGUUAGAGGUUCUUGACGAGGAAUCUCAUGCUAUAGGAUUCCGGGUGGUUGCAGGUGAACACCGACUCCAGAACUAUCGAUCUAUAACCACUUUGCACCCGACAGCAGGGGCCGACAGUAAUACUGACGGCCGCUGCUGUGAGAGAACAGUGGUGGUGGAGUCGUAUGUUGUGGACGUACCAAGUGGGAAUACAAAAGAAGAGACUUGUGUUUUUGUGGAUACAAUUGUAAGCUGUAAUUUGCUGUCUUUAGCAAAAAUUGCUGAAAGAAUUGCUAAAUCAUCUUCAUCUUCAUCAUGUAAAGUAUUAUGAAUAAAAUUAAUUAGAUGAAUUUUUUUUUUUUUUUUUUUUUAGUUUAAUUAUAAGAUUGUUCAUAUAUAAGGUUUUUUCUUUCUUUUACCUUAAGAUGUAGGGUGAAAGAGACUGAAUUUAUCUGUGGGUUUAACACUAAUUGUUUUAA